AUGCAGCUGUCGUUGCGUACUGCCAACGGUGGCACCAUUUGCUUAGAGGUUAACAAUCUGGAUACGCUUGACAGCGUUAGGGCCACGGUCACAGACAUGGGAUAUCGUGUCUGCAACUGGCACAUCAAGUCGUGGGACUCCCCGCAGAUAUUCGUCCUCGUUGGUCCUGAUCAAAAGAAAACCUGUCUAGAGUACAAUCCCUCUGACACCGUGUCCGACUUGAAGACCAAGACUGGCCUCCUGCCUGACCAGUAUAUACUUUUCUUUGCCGGGAUGGUUCUUGAGAAAUCGUCCCCGAUUUCUCACUACAACAUUUCUCGAGGCUCCACCCUCAAUCUUGUUACUUAUUUUGGGGGGUAUAUGACUAUCUUCGUCGUGACCAACUCCGGAAAAACUAUCUCUAUGUUAGUCCAUGGGCAAUUCUCCGCCAGGCUAGUGAAAAAAAUGAUCAAGGACCAGAUUGGGUAUCUCGACGGCCAGAGGCUUGUCAAUGUCUAUGCCGGACAGGAGCUUCUUGACCAAGAGUCUCUCAGCGUCCUCGAGGAAGGUGCAACUCUCCAUCUUGUGGAUGAUGCAAGGACGACGUCAAGGAUUGAGAUGAAGAUACAUGUCAAGAUUUUCCUUCCUCGAAAGACAAUCGAGUUGGAUGUGGUGAACUUUGACACCAUUAACCAUGUGAAACAUAUGAUUCCGGAAAAGGAACACAUCCCCAUUGGCCUGCAGGUUCUCUAUCUGCCCCAAAAGCGGCUCGAGAACACCUUUACCCUUGCACACUACUACAUCUUCAAUGAAACCACCCUCUAUCUUGCUCAAAUUCCUGCAGAAUACCAUAGAAUACCAGAGGCCCUGAACAAAGAAGGCGACCUACCAAAGACGCGGCUAUCUGCUCGUUCAUCUUCGAGGAUGAAUGCAAUUCACCGUAUAACUCGAUAA